GACAGCGGGCAUCGGGUCACCAGGUAUGACAGCGGGCACUGGGUCACCAGGCAUCAGCAGGCACCUGGUCAUCUGGCGCUGGAUUGUCUGGCUCGACAGCGGGCUUCGGGUCACCAGGCAUGACAGCGGGCACUGGGUCAUCAGGCAUUGGAUCGUCUGGCUCGACAGCGGGCAUCAGGUCACCAGGUAUGACAGCGGGCACGGGUCAUCAGGUACCGGAUCGUCUGGAUCAACAGCGGGCAUCGAGUCAACUGGCCUAAUAGGAUCAUCAGCUGGAUCAGUUCAUCAGGCUGGACAUCAGGCUGGGUACAGGCAU